ACUAGACAUGUUGCAUGUUUUUCUCCUUAAAACCCAUUCUGAAAGCUUACAAAUGUUGACAUGAGCGGGAGCUUUGUAAUUUCAUGUCGCUGUUGACGCAGCACGUUUAACACAGAUGCAGGUCAAAGAGGGUGCUGGAUGCGCCCAGUAGUAAGAACUCGUUUACUGAUUAAAUCGGUGUCGUGGAGUCGGUCAGUAUGAAGGAUAUGUAUUACGCUUCCCCUAAUUACGCCCCCGUUCUUGAGGUGAAAUGGACUCCUAUGUCUUUAAGAAACAACGCGCGCACACAGGUGGGUCCUCAAAAGGGUGACGCUGGUAAUGGGACUCGGUGAGGGGACAUGUUUCGCGCUUUAACGAGACAGAGGCGGUAGCGGAGCUCUGCAAUUGUUCUCCUUCCUCAUGCUCAAGUCACGGUGGUGUUCUCAGUGCCGGACGCCUCGGGGAUUCUUUUUAUAUUCCUGACUGAUGCUUUAUCCAAGUGCAAUGCUUUUGACUGCAUUACCCCAGUUGAAUUUAAAGGUUGACGAGCCCAUUGACAUGCUCCCCAAGUCAAGAAAAGCCCUUAGCAUCCAGGAAAUUGCUGCUCUGGCCAGAUCAUCACUUAAUGGCAUCUCACAGGUGGUGAAAGACCAUGUGACCAAGCCCACAGCAAUGGCCCAGGGCAGAGUUGCUCAUCUGAUUGAGUGGAAAGGCUGGUCCAAGCCCCUAGACCCGUCGUCCGCUACUUUGCAGUCUCACUUCAACUCGUACUCCCACCUGAGUGAGGGGGAACAGGAAGCCCGGUUCGCAGCAGGGGUAGCUGAGCAGUUUGCCAUUGCUGAGGCAAAGCUCCGGGCCUGGAAUUCUGUCGAUGAAGAGGAUGUGGAUGAAGACUGUUCUGAAGAGGAUCUUCCUCAGAAUAACGAUUUAACUAUUACUAGCCAGAAUUCAGACGGCGUGUUGUCCACUCAGGAGUGCCCAGCGCCAUACCAGGCUGAUACUGACAGUGUCCAUGUCACGCCCUCCGAUAACCCACUCUGCUCAAUGGGCACGAACCAGAGCUGUCUGCAGGAACCCUGCAUCACCCAGAUUAACUGUGAUGACAAGGCCAACGCAGAGGGAGCUCCUCCGGGAAAACUACGGCUCCCGACAGAGGAAGUUGACAGAGAGCUUGGUGAGGGCUAUAAGCCAAACCGGCAUCUUCUUUGGAGCAGGGGAGAUUCCUGUUACCACUCCACCUCCUAUUCAGAGUCUGGUCUAUCUCCAGAAGAAGAGGAGGAGGUGGAGGAAGGAGAGGACAAUGUGUUUCAGGAAGUCAUCCGUUGGUACAGUGUCUGCAGGAGCAUCUCCGAUACUUCUGGAGCAGUGUCCUUUGAUGAUGAUGAAGAGGAGGUGGAAGAGGCCUCCAGGCAGUGAUGUUCUGCUCUCUCAAUGUCUCUUCCUGUCUCUCUUUCCAUAAUGUCCCUUUAGUGUCUCCUCAGUCAUUCAGUCAUCUGGAGAUGAUCAUUUUCAUCUCAGCGUUUGACCCGCUUUCUCCUUCCUUCUGAUCAAGCUCCUCCGUCAUCUUCUUGGCCAUCCUUCUCACUUUCCUACUCCAUGUCCUUUGGAUUUGAGUGGAAAAUAAAAAGACCGCAGUGUCCUCAUUUUAUCUGAGGGAUCAGAUUUGGACAACAGCUACACCAGCCAUAGCUGUCUCAGUUGUCCUAGAUGCUGUACUUAUUGACAGAGGAAGUCAUACUAUACCCAUGCUUUGUAGUCAUACACAAAAACGUUGGGACAGUCUCCUGCUAUUAAGAAAUGGAAGGAUGUCACAGUAAAAUGUAUAUUUCUAAUAUGUUUUGAUGUGACAGCUCUGAUAAGGAACUAGUUAAUGUAACCAAUGUUGGUCCGUUUCCUUAGGGAAAAACCUUAUUUUGUUUAGCUUUGAAUCACCUGGAUCUAGAGUCUGGCUGAGCAUUGUGGCUAUGAAUGGAACAUGCCCAUUACUAUGAUCACUGUGUGAUGUUGUACCUCAAGAAUCUAUUGCGUCUUGUUUGUCUCUUUUUCUCUCUCUCCCCUUCUCGAAUUUGCUUUCCAGCUCCGUAGCAAGAGACUGAAAAAUUAGGUCAGCUGCUGAAUGAAAAGGUUUUUGUGGCCGUGUGUUCCCAUAACCUUGAGAGGCAGCUCUACUGGAUGAACAUCAACACUUGCAUGGAAUGCCACAGUAAAGUCCACGCGUGAUUCCCAGUCAUCUUGGCAUUAUUCUGACCUUAAUAAAUGUGGCCUGGUAAUGACACUGUGGUUAUUUGUGAGGACAUUUGAUGUGCAACCCUUCUGUCUCUCUUUUUUUCUUUUUUUACCCUUUGUACAAAAACAAUCUCAUGAAUGCAUUAAAGCUGAAGAACACAUGUUCUGCUGAUGAUGUAUGUUUAAAAUUUGCACUAUGGCUACUGGUCAGUGAUUGAGCUAUGACCAAUUCUUCACUUUACUAAAGACUUCAAUAUCUGAUAAAGGGAAGUUGAGCGGCAAACUUUAAAGUUGAAAUUUAAUUUUUUUUUUUUUACUCAUGUACAAAACAAAUGUUUUCUGAAAAAUAAUGGCAAUUGUUGAUUCCAUAUGCAUAUAUCUUCUAUAUGUACAGGGCAUGUGUGCUAGAGUUAUAGACAUACAUAGUUUUUAUAGUCUGUACAGGCGAUAUUAUAGAAAGCAUUCUGGGGAUGACUUCUGACUUAUUGCUUAACUCUACAUUGAAUGUGCAGUAUAUUAGCAUACAGUAUACAUGACGGGCUCAAUUUAAAUAGCUCAAGUGUCAAAUGUAAACGUAAAAUGCUGAAUGGUAUCUCAAAAUUA